CUAUCUGCUUUCCUAGGAAAGAAAUAAUCUGUUCUGCCUGUGAAGUUUUGUGCGCUAAAACGUGGAACUUUAUUUUUUCAAGUUAAACAUAUAUUUAGAUUCUAUAAAUAAGUGUAAUAAAUGCUCGUGAGAGGCAUUCUACCAAAGUGCAUUAAUAUCAGUAUUGCAAGCUCCGCUUCUUUGAGUAGUGCUUUGAAAACAAACAUGUCUUUGGAACAAGCUAAACAAGUAGCGGCGUAUCAAGCCGUAGACGAAUUUGUUACAAACAACUGUACAUUUGGCAUAGGCAGUGGUUCUACCGUGGUGUAUGCCGUUCAACGCCUCGCAGAACGUGUGGAGACUGAACGAUUGAACGUGACAUGCAUCCCAACAUCAUUCCAAGCAAAACAACUUAUUCUUAAGCAUAACCUUACUUUAGGAGAAUUAGACACAAGUCCUGUAAUCGAUGUAACUAUCGACGGUGCUGAUGAAGUGGAUGCUAGCAUGACAUUAAUAAAAGGAGGUGGUGGUUGUUUGCUUCAAGAAAAAAUUGUGGCUUCUUGUUCAAAGAAAAUGAUCGUCAUAGCAGAUUACACAAAAGAUUCUAACAAAUUAGGUGACAGAUAUAAAAAAGGAAUACCAAUUGAAGUCGUUCCUUUGGCAUAUGUUCCAAUAAAAAACAAGGUGAUAGAAUUGUAUGGUGGUGAUAUUAAACUCCGGAACGCAGUGGCUAAAGCGGGGCCCGUGGUCACCGACAAUGGCAACUUCAUCCUAGACUGGCUUUUUGCAAAUCAGGACUUGGACUGGGAGAAAGUAAGCACCGCUAUUAAAAUGAUACCAGGAGUUGUAGAAAUAGGCUUGUUUGUUAAGAUGUGCAAUAAAGCUUAUUUUGGACAACCAGAAGGAAAUGUUGUUGAAAGAACCAAUUCGUCAUUGUAAUGAAUUAAGAACAUACUUUUACCGGGUUAUGAAUCUUGAAAUUUUAUAAUUAAAAUAAGUAUAAGCACUUGUUAUUAUCAUAUGGUUAAUUUUUGAACUCUUGUUUCGGACCAUUUGUUUUAAAGUGUGUUUGUUUCUUUUAGUCUAUAAUCCUCAUUUAUACUAAGUCAUCUUACAGAUACAAUUUUU